ACACAAAGCCAGAGCUGCUGCAUAAAAUAUAAAAUUGUUUUCUUCGUAAUCGUUUAGUUUCUAUUCUAUUAAAUUUAAAUUAAAUAAAAGCUCAAUAAAUAAUGGAGAAAUCACAGAAAAUGCCCAAAGUGGCAAAGGUAAAAAACAAAGCCCCAGCUGAGGUGCAAAUCACCGCAGAGCAAUUGCUCCGUGAGGCUAAGGAACGUGAUCUGGAAAUUCUUCCACCUCCGCCAAAGCAAAAAAUUUCAGAUCCAGCUGAGUUAGCCGAUUACCAGCAACGGAAGCGCAAAGGAUUCGAAGAUGCUCUUCGCAAGAAUCGCAUGGUAGUCAGCCAUUGGAUAAAGUACGCUCAAUGGGAGGAGUCACAGAAGGAAAUUCAGAGAGCUCGUUCGAUCUGGGAACGUGCCCUCGACAACGACCACCGCAACAUUACCAUUUGGCUGAAAUACGCCGAAAUGGAGAUGAAGAACAAACAAGUCAACCAUGCUAGAAAUUUGUGGGAUCGUGCGGUCGUCAUAAUGCCCCGAGUGAAUCAGUUUUGGUACAAGUACACUUAUAUGGAAGAGAUGUUAGAGAAUGUGGCCGGAGCGAGGGCAGUGUUCGAGCGUUGGAUGGAGUGGCAGCCAGAGGAACAAGCUUGGCAAACUUAUGUAAACUUUGAACUACGGUAUAAAGAAAUCGAUAGAGCUCGUACGAUCUAUGAGAGGUUCGUCUACGUCCAUCCAGACGUGAAGAACUGGAUCAAGUUCGCUCGGUUCGAGGAGAACCAUGGGUAUAUCCGGGGCGCUCGGUCAGUAUACGAGCGUGGUGUUGAGUUUUUCGGUGAUGAGUACAUCGAUGAAAGACUUUUCAUUGCGUUUGCAAAAUUCGAAGAGAACCAGAAGGAGCACGACAGGGCUAGGGUCAUCUACAAGUAUGCCCUGGACCAUUUGCCCAAAGAAAGAACAAAAGAGCUUUACAAAGCGUAUACAAUCCACGAGAAAAAAUAUGGCGACAGAGCAGGCAUCGAGGAUGUUAUUGUUUCUAAGAGAAAGUUUCAAUACGAGCAGGAAGUUGCUGAAAACCCCCAAAAUUACGAUGCAUGGUUUGAUUAUUUGCGUUUGAUUGAAGGCGAGGGUGAUUUUGCCAAUAUUCGAGAGACCUAUGAACGAGCCAUCGCCAAUGUGCCGCCGGGAAAGGAAAAGAACCUGUGGCGGCGGUACAUCUAUCUUUGGAUAAACUACGCCCUUUUUGAGGAACUGGAAACCGAAGAUGAGAACCGAACUAGACAAAUCUACCGCACUUGCUUGGAGCUGAUACCUCACAAAAUUUUCACCUUCAGUAAAGUGUGGCUCCUGUAUGCACAAUUUGAAAUCCGUUGCAAACAAUUGCAACAAGCCCGAAAAACCCUUGGAAUGUCAAUAGGUAUGUGCCCGCGCGACAAGCUCUUUCGUGGGUAUAUUGAGUUGGAAAUCCAACUUCGUGAAUUCGAUCGAUGUCGUAUUCUGUAUGAGAAGUUCCUCGAGUUCGGUCCCGAAAAUUGUGUGACUUGGAUGAAGUUCGCCGAACUCGAGAAUCUUCUCGGAGACACCGACCGUGCUCGAGGAAUUUUUGAAUUAGCCGUUCAACAGCCACGACUAGAUAUGCCAGAACUGCUCUGGAAGGCUUAUAUUGAUUUUGAAGUAGCUCAAGGUGAGACGGAGCUAGCACGUCAGCUCUACGAACGGCUUUUGGAGCGAACGCAUCAUGUCAAAGUGUGGAUGUCAUAUGCAAAGUUCGAAUUGUCGUCAAAUGAGGGCAGUGAAGAUGACGAUCAAGAUAUGAAUGUUAGGCUAGCGAGGCGAGUCUAUGAGCGAGCCAACGACACCUUGCGGCAAACUGGGGACAAAGAAUCUAGAGUUCUGUUGUUGGAAGCAUGGGGAGACUUUGAAAAGGAAAGCGGAAAUGGUGACACUCUGGAGAAGGUGAUGGAGAAGAUGCCGCGUAGAGUUAAGAAGCGUCAGAAGAUCAUAUCAGAUACUGGUGCAGAAGAAGGCUGGGAGGAAGUGUUCGAUUACAUCUUCCCUGAAGAUGAAAUGUCUAGACCUAAUCUGAAACUUCUUGCCGCCGCGAAAAUGUGGAAAAAACAAAAAGAAAUUGUUCCAGAAGAGCUGCCAAAAACCAAUGAUGCGGACGACGAGGGUAAUAGGAGUGAGUCAUCUACAAGUGAGAGCGGGAGCGAAGAUGAAGAAAUGUUACAGCAAAAUAAAGCGGAUUAAGAUAAAAGUGCGUAUUUAUUUUAAGAUUUUUUUAAAAAUAAAUGAAAGAAUACA